GCGCGGAUCUCCAUCUCAGAAGGUCAAACCUGCCUUUCAUCCGCGGACUGAACAAGUUUUUCCUCCCCACCUGAUCCAGCCUUUCCUUUGGUUCAAGCCUCCGAUCAGCGGAGCUGCUGUGACUGCUUCCUCCUGCACGCAUCAGAGGAUGGUUGGCUGAACUCUGAGCUCACUCACCGCCUCGCUGAGCUUUGCUGGUCGCAGCUGCUGCCAUGGCUAAAAGCCCCGAGGUGAAGCUCGCCGUCUUCGGCAAAGCGGGGGUGGGCAAGUCAGCUUUGGUGGUGAGGUUUCUGACCAGACGCUUCAUCUGGGAGUACGAUCCAACGCUGGAAUCGACGUAUCGACAUCAAGCCAACAUUGAUGAUGAAGUUGUCACCAUGGAGAUCCUGGACACUGCAGGCCAGGAGGACAUUCAGCAGAAGGAAGGUCACAUGCGUUGGGGUGACGGGUUCGUCAUCGUCUAUGACAUCACAGACCGUGGUAGCUUUGAGGAGGUGGCCCCGCUUCGAUCCCUCCUAGAGGAUGUGAAGAAACCCAAGAACGUUCCUUUAGUGCUGGUCGGGAACAAAUCGGACCUGGACCACGUCCGUCAGGUCCCCACGGAGGAAGGGGAACGUUUGGCAGCGGAGAUGGCAUGUGCCUUCUACGAGUGUUCGGCCUGCGCCGACGAGGGCGGCGUCGUGGCCGAAGCUUUUCACGAGCUAUGCAGGGAGGUGAGACGCCGCAAGGCCGUUCAGGGCAAGGCUCGGCGCCGCAGCUCCACCACGCACGUCAAACAAGCCAUCAACAAGAUGCUGACCAAGAUCAGCAGCUAGGGCAGAGCCCUGCUGAAGACCAGAGACCACAGGAAAAUAUGUCUAUUUUUUCUCAUGGAAAUAACUGGGGACCAUUAUGGUUGAAAAAUGAUUUCCACUGAAGAAAACCAACAGUUCUGCAAGAACUUUACUUUGGAGGAGCAAGAAAAGCAGCUCUUGAUACUCUCUUAUUUAAACAUAUAAGUUGCUACACUCUAAAAUACCUUUGUGCAUGGAGACAUGUUAACGUGAAAUAGAAGUUAUUUGUCUAAAAUGAAAACAAGCCGGUUUUGGGAUAUCGCCGGUACGACCAGAAACGGGACCAAAUGACAGACUGAAAAAAAAUUUUUUUUUUAACUGAAUAGCUCAUUACUCCUACUUUAAACCAAAAAUGUUUGGGUCAGCUAAAAUUUUAUUAAAUAGAACCAAGAGAAAUGUGUUCCAUCUAACCGGCAGUGCACAGCGUCAGU